AUGCUGAGAAAUUUGGGGGAUCCCAGAUAUAGAUUGACAACAAAUUUUGACUUAGCUGACUUCAUCAAUGGUCAAGGUUUGGUUGACUUGGAUUUAUCUGGAGCUUCUUUCACUUGGUCCAAUCGUUGUGUUGGUACUGACCUGAUUCAAGUUAGGCUUGAUAGGGAUUUGAUUUCUGUUGAGUGGAUCCAACAUUAUAUCUACUCUUUGAAUUCUAUGGUUAGAAUUGGAUCCGACCACCUUCCUAUAUGUCUGAUGACUGAGCCUAAAACUGGUCUGCGAAGGAGGUUUUCGUUUAGAUUUAAGAAAAUGUGGCUAUCCCACCCAAAUAUUUCUAAUAGCGUGAAGGAUUGGUGGAAUGUACAAGUGGAUGGCUUUGCUAUGUUUCAGGUGGCUAAAAAGUUAAGGCAUGUCAAGGAGAGGGUCAAAAAGUGGAAUAGAGAAGUCUCUGGGGACAUAUUUGUUCAAAAAUCUGCUAUUCAAGAGGAGUUGGUCCUGAUCCAGGAUAAAGUCAAACAUGAAGGAUAUGUGAAUGAUAAUUUUUCUAAGGAGAGUGAGGUUCUGUCCAAAUGCCUCAACAUUAUAUCUCAGGAAGAGACCUUUUGGAGGUAG